ACUUCUUAUCUCCGGCUACCAAUUACUCGAUCUGUCGGCCAUGAUCGCUUAUUAUCUUGGAGUUCUGGUAUUUAUAUCAGUGGUGCAUGGAGCCCCAAAUGGUCGACUGUUGUGCUCUCAUUGCCACGGACACACGGACAAACAACAGUGUAACAACUUCCAGUUGUGUCACCACGGAGAGAAAUGUUUUACAACAACUUAUACCGUAAACGAUGGACAACCGUGGUUUUACACCGGAUGUAUGGCCGACGCGGAUUGUUCUAACCUUCAUACCACUACUGUUGACCAAUAUGGAGAACUUCCUCCCGGAAGUGACAUCAAGCAGCAACAGUGCUGUUCAGUCGACGGUUGCAAUGGAUUACAGGGUUCUGCAGAGAGAACAGCUUGUAUGAGCUGCUCAGAGAACGAGAAAUACGCCUCCCAGUGUCAGCACGCCACGCUGUGUAACCCAGGACAGGAGUGCAUGUAUUAUAAGUUUAUGGACUCUGAAACCUACCAAACUAGAAUUCAUCUAAGCUGUGUGAACCACGAGGUCUGUGAAAUAUUUCAUCGCCAGCCGCCGAUAUUUGGGAAGAGGGAAGAAUUGGCGAUGAAAAGACAUUGUUGUAAAACAGAUUAUUGCAAUAUGUUCUGGGACUUGAAACCCUUGAAUUUAUCAAAUACUCACACGACAAAAACGACAACCUCGACGACCAGGCCAACUGAAGCCGCAACAACGACUUCUACGACCAGAGUGCCGCUAUCUUUUGUCACGAUAACUACGACUCAAGCAAACAGUGGACAGUAUACAAACAACCAUACACAAAGUCAGGUCCCUUCAAAAACAUUAGUAACUUUAACAAAUCCCCCUUCAACGCUGGUACAGCAAACCACAGCACAAGGAUUAAGUUCGUCCACACUGGUGACCGCAACAACUGUUCAACACACUUCAACAGUUGAGCAACACACCCCGACAGUCGAGCAACAUACUCCUUCCGUCGAGCAACACACUCCGGCAGUAGAGCAGCACACUCCGACAGUCGAGCAACAUACUCCUUCCGUCGAGCAACACACUCCGGCAGUAGAGCAGCACACUCCGACAGUCGAGCAACAUACACCAUCAGUCGAGCAACACACUCCAGCACCACAAAAUCAGCAUACACCAACAACGGCGCAACAACACAUUCCAACAUCGGUUCAACAGCAUAGCCCUACAACAGUUCAGCUUACGCAAUCGUCAAUACACACGCAAGCAACGCAAAGUACGAUAAAUGUACCAAGCACGUUAACUCAUGUCCCAAACACAACAACAAUAACAAUGUCCACAACAACAAAACCGACAACAACUACACCGACGACAACAAAACCGACAACAACUACACCGACAACAACUAUGUCGACAACAACAAUACAGACAACAGCUAUACCGACAACAACUUCACAAACAACAACAACUAUACCGACAACGACAACAGAGCCCCCAGCCAACAGGUGUUACAGCUCUAGCAAGGACUCGGACACUCAGUCUGUCAUUGGUUGUCCGGACGAAGCUCCAUACUGUCUCAAUAGCUUGACAAAUUAUGUAAAUGGAAAAACCGAGGUCGAAAAAGUUUGCGCCAGCGCCGGUGAGUGUUAUUGGAUGCCGCGAGAGUCCUCCUCUUUCUACUGUCGCGCAUACUCGUCUUCCCACAAAUACUUCGCCGAUUUCAUGUGUUCUUAUUGCUGCACUGGAGAGCUCUGUAACCGAGGCACAGUGGCCUCCCCUGACAGUCCAUAUCUCCCAACAGUAAUUCCACCCAACCCUAUCACCAAUCCUCCAGUCAAAACAACUGAUUGUUACGUAUGUGAUGAUUGUCAAGGCGCUGGAACUUUGUCAACGUGUACCGGAAGUACCCCAUAUUGUCUAAAUCAUUACAGCAACUCUCAGUGGGGUGUAUCGCACGUAUCAAAACGAUGUGGUACGAAGCAAGAAUGUCACGACCAAUACUACGAAGGCUCUAGACAUCAGCUACUGUGCUCCCUAUUCCAUGAACACAUUUCUGAGAACAUGCAGCUAGAGUGCACGUUUUGUUGUACCUCUUCAUUAUGCAAUGAACACGCGAGGCCACCCCCGGACACUUUGUACAAAGAAUGACUUUCGCGUUAGUAAACUAAUGCUUAGAAAUAAAUAUACGUUAUUCAA